AUGCUUGGUUGACGAUUGGCUUGUUCACUUAUUUUAUAGUUAAAACUAGUUAGCUAUACCAGUUGGUUCUUUGUGUGAAUGGGUCAGUUGGUUUGGUUAUAUUGUUCUAUAAUGCAAAAGUCUGCAAAUUAUAAGUAUUUAAUCUGCUCACUUGAAAUCAUUUGCUCAUUAUUGCCAGAUUGUAUAUCUUGAUUCUUUGGCWUCUCUAACUGCUAAACAAGCCUGUACCUAUAAAAAAAGARACAUAAKACAAARACAAACAUAURACGGCGUAACCUUCAAGUUUAGCGUUGUGGCUUUAACAGAAAAUAGCAAUUUAGUAGAAUCAGCAUCCGGAAAUGCUGCUUUUGAAAAGCAAGACGCCGUUGAAUCGGUUUAUAAUCCGCUGGCUUACUAUGAAAGAAACGAUCCUGGGGAUGAUUUGCGACUCCAAGUGACAUUYAARCCUUCAUCAGCCUUGAUGGGGAAAAAUGCAAAGUAYCUAAUGAUAACAAAAGCUAUUCCAGGACCACAAAUCGGAUUGGACCAGAAGACUGCACUUCUGAAUACUGACAAGACAGCGAAUAUCAGCCUUUUGAUAUACCAAAAGAUAACAAAAAUGAACAUAAGCAUCCAGAUAUAUCACAUGGAGGAGUGUUUACCAAGUAAACCAAAAGAACUUAUCUAUCUUUACAGAGGAUGCCAUUAUGUGUCAAACUACAAUAAGUCACUAUGCUGUCAAU